AUGUCGUACACACGGCCCUCGGACCCCUACAUGCACUCAAACGAGUCGCAGUACGAUGAGCGCUACCAGCAGGGUGGCUACUCGGACUACCCGGACAAGAGCCCCGGAUACGGCGGCUCCAACUCGUACGGCCAGAAUGCAGCCACCAACGCGGCCGCCACCUACUCGUACGCCAAGCCCAAGAAGGGCAUGUCCAAGUGGAUCAAGUUUGGCAUCCCCCUCGCCAUCCUGAUCAUCGCCGGCGCCGUCGUCGGCGGUGUCGUCGGCAGCCGCAGCUCGGGCAGCGAUGACGACAGCAGCGGCAGCACCAGCAACCGCUCCAACGUCGGCAAGGGCAGCGACGCCGGCGCCGACUCGGGCACCCUCUCGGCCUCGGCCCAGGCUGCCAAGCAGGGCGGCAACAACCAGCUCUUCUACCAGGGCACCGACGUCUAUGGCAACCCCGCGUUUGUCACCAAGCAGGUCGACACCGCGGCGCCCUCCUUCAGCGGACGCCAGCACAACUCGACGUGCUCCGACACCUUCUCGGGCGGCUCGCUCACCAACCUGCGCCCCCACCCGCGCAUCAUCGCCACAAAGGCCGAGUGGGACUGCCUCGGCGAAAAGAUUGCCAACGACGCCUACCUCACCCUCUGGAACCAGACCAUCUUCCACAACGCCACCGCCUGGCUCACCGCGCCCGUCACCAACUACUUUGUCGACGGCGGACCGACGGGAUCCGGCAUUCUCGACGUCAGCCGCGAGGUCCAGAUGCGCGUCAAGGCGCUCGCCUACGCCUUCAAGAUGUCGGGCGACCAGCGCUACAAGACCCGCCUCUUCCGCGAGCUCAACACGGCCGCCGGCAACUCGGGCGAGUCGAACUGGUCGCAGAACACGAUCGGCUGGAACCCGCAGCACUUCCUCGACGUGGCCGAGAUGACGUCGGCCUUUGCCAUGGCCUACGACUGGCUCCACGACGACUGGUCCCAGGACGAGCGCGACACGAUCCUCGGCGCCAUUGUCAACCGCGGCCUGGUACCCGGGCAGAACCAGUACGCCACCGGCGACGGAUGGUGGAAGACGACCAACAGCGGAAACGGAAAUUGGAACUGCGUCUGCAACGGCGGCCUCUUGACGGGCGCGCUCGCCAUCCGCGGCGACGGCAACAGCACCGAGAACGGCAUCGCCGACAGCAUCAUCAACUCGGCCGUCCAGAACAUGAAGGACAACUGCAUGCGCGGCGUCUACACGGACGGCACGUGGUCCGAGACGCCCAACUACUGGUACUUUGGCACCAACGCCCAGGCGCGCGCGCUCAGCACCCUCAUCUCGGCCACCGGCAGCGACCAGGGCCUGCAGGCGGUCAACCCGAACUGGUACAAGACGAGCGACUUCCACAUGUACGUCACCGGCAACGCCGGCAUGUUCUUCUACGGCGACAACGGACCGGGCAAGUUCGCCACCACGGCCAACCAGCUCAUGCUCUACUCGAAGCUGUCGGGCGACCCGCGCGGCGCCCUCUUCCAGCGCGACCGUUCCGACGCCUCCUUCGACCCGCUGAGCAUGUUCUGGUACGACCCGGCCACCAUCGGCGCCUUCUGGAACGGCCUGCCGCUCGACCGCUUCUUUGACAACGACGACGGCGGACAGUGGGCCAGCAUGCGCAGCUCGUGGACCGACACCACCGGCGUCUAUGUCGGCGUCAAGGCCUCGAACGCGACGGGCCACCAGACCCACGGCGACCUCGACGCGGGCACCUUUGUCGUCGACGCGCUCGGCACGCGCUGGGCGGGCGAGUAUGGCAACGGCAACUACCUGUCGCAGGACUACUUCUCCAACGAGACCGACUCCUCGGCGCGAUGGACCUACUACCGCAAGGCGACUCAGGGCCAGAACACGCUGGUGCUCAACAACCAGAACCAGGUCGCCAACUGCCUGCCCGUCAACAAGUUUGAGACGACCAACCCCGUCCAGAGCGCCGCGCUCGACUACAAGCCGGGCACCAACGACGUGGCCUACUUUAUCAGCGACCUCAGCAGCUGCUACAGCCUCGGCCAGGGCGUCGUCCAGCGCGGCAUCCGCAUGCUCAACGGCCGCCGCCAGGUCCUCGUCCGCGACGAGAUUGCCCAGUCGGGCUCGAUCAACAACAUCAAGUGGCGCGUCCAGACCAACGGCACCGUCACCCUCUCUUCGGAUGGCAAGACGGCCACCCUCAAGCUGAGCAAGAUCACCGACGUCAACGCUGGCGUCACUGGCACGCUCAACCUCGACGGCGGCGAAAAGACGAUGGUGGUCAAGAUCCUGUCGCCGUCCAACGGGCGCUUCACUACCGACGGCCCGCCGGCGACGCGCAUCUACGGCCAGCCUGUGGCGUCGCCCCCGCCCGAGGUGUCGGACCAGGAGAACCGGGGCGUUACGGCGCUCCAGAUCGAGGUUGACGACACGAGCGCGGCGUCGACAAUCGAGGUCGUCUGGCAGCCGCAGUGGAGCGACCUGACCGACGCCGACCGGGCGGACCCCAAGUCGGUCUCGCUCUCGCUCUGGUCGCUGACCAGCCAUAACGCCUAG